AUGAUUAAAUGGUUUGUUAUUUUAUUCUGCGCUGCGUUAUGGAGUACACUACUGUGUGAGGAACGGGAGACCAGAAUAGUACAAAUCUCACAAGGUCCCGUGAGAGGCUACAAAGACCCUGAACAUGGCGUUUACACCUUCUUCGGUAUCCCCUACGCGACUGCUCCUACAGGACCAGACAGAUACAAGGCUCCACUUCCAGGACCAUCAUGGCUGACUCCUUUUGAUGCAGACAAUGAUAGAAUAAUAUGUCUUCAAGCUACUGUUCCUCUAUAUGAACCAUUCUAUAAAAAUUUUGACAUGCAGCAAAAUUGUUUAAUUGCAAACGUAUAUGUACCGGAUACGUCGGAAAAGAAUUUGCCAGUAUUAGUUGUAGUUCACGGAGGAAGUUUCCAGGUUGGAAGUGGCAACCUGCUCAAGCCGAAGCAUUUAGUUAAAAGUCAUAACAUUAUCGUCGUAACGUUCAACUACCGCCUUGGUAUACUUGGAUUUUUAUGUUUGGGUACUCCUAACGCACCUGGUAAUGCCGGUAUGAAGGACCAAGUGGCGUUACUUCGGUGGGUGCAAAACAACAUAGCUAAAUUCGGAGGGAACUCCAAUGAUGUCACUAUAUCAGGAUACAGUGCUGGCUCGGGAUCAGUGGAGCUACUAAUGUUGUCGUCUUUAGCAAAGGGAUUGUUCAAAAAAGUGAUUGCCGAAAGUGGUUCUGCUCUAGCAUCGCUUGCUGUUCAAACAGAUCCUCUCGAUAACGCUAGACAAUUUGCGAAAAGAUACGUAGGGCACAUUGAUGAUGCUUAUGCUUUAGAAGAAUUUUAUAAGAAUGCUUCUUUCGAAAUUCUAACAAGUGAUGGUUUUUCUUUCGUAAAAGAUUCGUCGUUAUUUUCACCGUGCGUAGAAGGUGAUGUAGGAGAAGAAAUUUUCCUAGCUGAUAGUCCGUAUAAUAUUUUAAAAAGUGGUAAUUAUGAAAAACUUCCUUUACUUGUGGGUUUUACUGAUAGAGAAGGUUUAUUGCAAAUCGCCAUAUUCGAUCUGUGGAAAAAUGACAUGAAUAAGAAUUUUUCAGAAUUCCUUCCCCGUGAUCUCCAAUUCAAAAAUAAGGAAGAGAAAGAGAAAAUCGCUAAAGAAAUCAAAGAAUUUUAUUUUGGGAAUAAGACAAUUGGUGAUGACACCAUACUUUCUUAUGUAGAUUAUUUCACGGAUGUUAUUUUCACACACCCUGCACUAAAAGCUGUUCAGUAUCACGUGAGAGCUGGAAAUAAGGUUUAUCUAUAUCAAUAUAAUUAUGUUGAUGAAUUGACACCAGUUAUUCCACAUACUGAAGUGAAGGGAGCGAAUCAUGUCGCACAAUCUUUUGCUGUGUUUGAUGGACUUUUAUCGAGUAAUAUCACCGAAAACUUUUUACCUGAAAACUAUAAGAAACAUAAAGCUGUUAUAAGACAAUUGUGGAGCAACUUUAUUAAAAAAGGGUAA